AUGUUUCCACUCUAUUUUCAUUACGAGGAUGUAUCACGUCAGGAUCCGUUGCUCAAACCGAAUCACGCCAACGUUAUGGAAGUUCCUGGAUCGUGUAAAAUAAUAGUAGUACCAAAGACAGCACCUUCUAUCAAAAAUGGAAAAUUGGCUAUGGAGAUUCCGUGCGGUCAGAAAUUAAUACAGACACAAAGGGCUUCAACAGGAAAGUCGUUUCGAUCCAAUCCAUUCUUGGGGUCAAAUAAAGACAAAAAAGGAUAUGUCAGUGACCUAGCACGACAAAGCACUCUCCGAGGGCAUGGAAUGUCACAUUUUUUGGUCAGAAUAUCCACAGUAAUGUCUCUGUUAGAUUCUCCGCUCGAAAUAAGGGAAAGGUCAAUUCAAUUCUCGAUGGAAACGGAAUUUUGCGAAUUCUCCCCCGAACUGGAAGAUCAUUUCGAGAUCUUCGAACAUAUUCGAGGGUUCAAUGUUACUAUUGUAACUUCGGCCAACACACAAGAUGAGACUUUACCACCGUGGAGCGGCUUUUUGCAAAAAGAUGAGGGGGAAACUCAGUAA